GUUUAGUUUAAUCUGCAGACACAUCGAAAGAACUCUUAAACUGAUUGUUUAAAAGGCACAUUCUUUAACAUAUCGAUCAGGAGUCUCGGCUCAGACAAAUAUAUGUACACAGGCGCUGGAACCCAGUCCUCCUUGUCCAUGAUGAAUAUUACUGCAAGCUCAAUUAUACAUAUCACAAACUAUACAGUGUUUACAACAAACAAUUACACAAUAGAAGAUUUUCACCACCAGCUUCCUGCCAAGAAAAUUUUACUCGGCCUGGUCUUAGCCUUUUUAUCUUUACUCACUGUCAUUAUGAAUGUUUUGGUGUUAUAUGCAGUAAAAAGUGAGAGAAAAUUGCAUACUGUUGCAAACAUGUACAUAGUUAGUCUAUCUGCCGCAGAUCUCAUCGUUGGCUUGGUAGUCAUGCCCCUUAAUAUUGUGUACAUAUUAGAAAAUGAAUGGAAACUAGGAAGAGUGAUUUGCCAGUUUUGGCUUUCUGUGGAUUAUAUGGCUAGCACAGCUUCAAUUUUUAGUCUUUUUAUCCUAUGUGUGGAUCGGUACCGCUCAGUUCAACAACCCUUGCGAUAUCUGAAGGAUCGAACCAAAACCAAAGCAGCAGCAAUGAUUGCAGGGGCCUGGCUUCUUUCACUGACUUGGAUCAUCCCCAUCUUAGCAUGGCACGUCUUUGCAAAUGGAGGUAUCAGGACUGUUACAAACAAUACAUGUGACACUGAAUUUCGUUAUGCUACCUGGUUCAAAAUUCUUACUGCAGUUCUGAACUUUUAUGGCCCAUUUUUAUUGAUGUUGUGGUAUUAUUCAAAAAUCUACAUGGUUGUAAAAAAACACUGCCAGCAACAAGAUCUUAUAGGGGGUGAUAUCUUCUCAACCAUAGAGAGAAAAAAGUUCAAAGAGAAUAUGAAACUAUCCUGGCACGAACAUGAAAUAUAUCUGAACCAGCAAGGUGAAAACUCACAAGAACGCACAGAUGCAGGAGUCAAAGAUUCAAGCAAACUUUCACAGUGUAGGCUUAACUGUUCUGACUUAAAACAAAUCAAAAUGCUUGAUACUGAAAAUAACCAAGACAUUGGUGACUUUUCAAUUUCAGCAUCGGCGCAACAAAUUUCAACAAGAUUUUACCAUAAGUCACUGAGAGACAAUAAAUCACAAAAUCAGAACAUGGAACUGAACUACAGAUCAAAUUAUACUGUGAACUCGAGGGAAAAUUUAACCCUGGAUAGUCCUGCUGCAACAGCUAAACUAAAGUGCUUUCCUGUAUGUGGUCGGUCCAGACAAAAAAGCAGUAAGACUCAACAAACAAGUGUGAUGACAAAAGAACAUAAGAAGGUUGGAGAUGAUUCAGUUGAUGAAAAAAAUGAACUAUCAGAUAUCUCUGAUUCACAAACAUUCAAUACGAUGCUGCUCCAGAUUGCUUCCCUAUCUUGUCCACAUCCAGAAUCAACGUCUUGGGAUAAUGAAUCAGAAGAAACUAUAAGAACUGAUGGUACUAAUCAAUUGAAACUACCAUGGCAAAAGUUUUUCUCACGGUCUGUGCAGUACAUGCAACAGGUUCUCAUUGUAAAAGAAAAAAAAGCUGUCAAACAGUUGGGUUUUAUAAUGACAGGGUUCAUGGUAUGCUGGAUCCCCUACUUUGUGACCUUUACAGUCAUGGCUUUCUGUGAUAAUUGUGUCAAUCACAAUAUACAUAUGUUCACAAUAUGGUUGGGUUACAUUAAUUCAACACUUAACCCAUUCAUCUACCCUCUGUGUAACAAGAGCUUUAAGAGAACUUUCAAAACCAUUCUUCAUAUUUAAACUUAAUUAAUAGUUUGUAGAUCAUUAGAUGUAAUCCAAACAUUGCUUUGGAAGAAAGCCUGCCAUUUUUGUAACCAUGAAAACCUACAACAUUGAAAAAUGUCAGUUCACUUUAUAAACAUCAUAUUGAUGUAGAAAUUCCAAAAAUAAAGUAGUUUUAUUGGUUAGAAAUACAUGAAAAUAAUGUAACCUUUUGAACAAUUCAUCAAUGGAGGUGAAACAAGUACCUUUUAAAACUAUACAGUGUGUGAAACAUACUCAGGGUGCCAUUUGGUUAACCUUCAAAAUUAAUUCAUAUUGUGACUGUAACCGUAAAAUAUAAAUAUUACUGACAGGGAUUU